CGAUCUCUCCGCCUCCCUUCAUUCUCUUCAACUUCGUUUCAAUUCACAUAUUUUUUCUCUCUUGUGGUUUUCUACUAUAUACCAUUUUCUGGAAUGGAUUCGGUUGGAGGAUCACUUUCUUCUGUUCUCGUCUCUGAUCUCAUCUAUUCUAGGAGGAUUAUAGUUUAUAUGAUAUUUUUCUUCUUUUGAUAUUUUUUUGAUUUUAAUUAUGGUGAAUUUUGAUUGUAGAUCUUUUAGAUUUGUUGAUCCUACAUGUUUUCUAUUUGAUUUGUUCUCAUCUCUAUUUAGAUCUAACUUAUUUGAGGGCUGAUCUUUGGAUCCGUUCAAUUAUGCACUCAUAUCCGUUUACAUGUUUCUUUUCUCAAAUGUAUUUUCUUUUUCUAAGGAAUUUUAAAUUAAUCUAUUUAUUUUAUUUGGAAAAAACAACAGUCUUAUUCUUUGAUCAUAUCCCUAUAAAGUACUCCGUAAUUGUUGUUUUAUAUUUCAUAUUUCAUUUGUUUCGUAAAACUGCUUUUGGCUAUCCUCGUUUAUCAAAUGCAGUUAUUAGAGAACUGCAAAAUAACUUUUAAUUUAUAUUUUAAGGUUCACUCUAAUUUUAAUGCGGUUAAUAUUGCCGGAAUAAAUGAUAUUUUAGAAAUAAUUGUUAUAUUUUUGUAAUUACGAGUAUUAAUCAUUUUAUUUUUGUAAUUAUGCAUAUUAAUUGUCAAAGGUAUUUCGUAAAUAUAACCGUAUGAACAUAUAUGUUAUAUAAAAAAGUAUAUUACUUAUGGUUUAAAAAUUUGUUAUUAUCUACGGUUUUAUAUUUUACAUCUAGUACUUCUCUUUCCAAAAUUAGUUGGUGUUUAUUAUUUACAAGAUUAAUUUUUUUAUUUUUUAUUUUGCUGUUUUGUCUAAAUGAACAUACAUUUUUUUAUAUUUAGAUUGGUAGAUCUUUAAAAAUAAUCUUUAAUUAUAAUUUUAAUUUUUAUGUUAUUUUUUGUACAUAAAUUUAGGAUUUUCCCAUUUAAAACGAUCUUUAGUAAUUUUACUUAUAAUUUUUUCAUUUAAGAUAUUUUGUUGGAUAUGAAGUGGUCUUUUGGCAUAUUUAAUUGCAUUUUUUUGUUUAUUUUAGUAGUUAAUAAUAUAGUAAUACAAAUCAUGACUAAUAAAAUUUAAGAUUAUAAAUGUUUAGCUUUGAAACAUAUUCUAUGAAAAUGACGAAUAAUCUGGGAAAGAAUGUUGCCCAUGUUCAAUUUCUUUACCAUUUAGUGUUACUGGGCCACUGGAAGCCCAAUUUUUACAGUUUUGUCUCCCUUCCCCAUUUCUUUUACCCACCAUAAACCCUACCCUGUUCUUUGCCUCUUUAGACAUAAACCUUCACCAUCUCUUCACUGCUUGAGCUUGUAAUUCACAAUGCCACCCAAAUCCUCUAAAGGAAAGGAAGUUGAAGCUGCAUCUGGGGUGAAGUUAGCAAGGUAUAUACAUUAUGAAGAGUUAGACAAAUCUGAUAAGUUUGUAUUUGACUUAAAUUCUGAUGUUCAAGAGUUAAAACAAAGAUUUAGUAUUUUAAUGGAAUAUAUGCGAAGGAAGGCUUCGGAGGAAGGUUGUGAUUUUGGGGGCAUAUAUGAAGUCAGGUGUGUUAAUGGUUGCCCUUUACUUGAAAUCAAAGUGACUUACAAAGACAUAAGCACGAAGUUUUUAAUUGCAAAGACAAAUCUCUACAUAGUGGGUUAUUCCUAUAAAGAUAAGUAUUACUGCUUUAAGGAUGCUGAUAUAAAACUGAUUGGUUGUGAAGAUUUAGUAGAAUCCACUAAGUAUGAGUAUUCAUUUUGCACUGGUUUGGGUGCUAAGAUGAUGAAAAAUGCAUUGUAUGAUAUGCAAAAAACAGAGCCCCCUGUUAGAAAAAAGGCGGCAGAAGCUUAUUUUGUGCAUCUUUCUGAAUCAGCUCGCUUUAGGCCAAUAGAAUCUCAAAUUUAUGUUGGUAUUGAGCUUGGUAGUGUUGCUGAUUUUGAUGAAAUUCCGGAUUGGGAAAAUAAGUCUUUUGCUUGGUUUCGAAAAUCAAAAAGUGUUGGAAAUGAACGAAAUAUUAUGACUUUGAUUUCUCCCAGUGCUUCUCCUAAUUUUGACAAGGAUUCAAAGCCUUUUGACUUUGCUAGGGAUCUAGUGCAUAAUUGGGAGUCCUUUUCUGCCUGUUGGAUUUCGUACAUAGGAACAGAGAGUUUGAGUUUUGAUACAACGAAUAUGGGUAUCAAUUUUCAACAAUGUGGGUUAAGGAAUUUGCAUUGUCUUAAAAGCACUCUGGCUCUGCUUUCGAAUGUGAAUCUUGGUAAACUUUACUCUGAAGUAGGAACGAGAAGUAAAAGUGGGGAGUUGAUGAAAUUGAAGGAUAUGAUUGGGUAUUGGGAAAGAGAGAGGUCAUCAAAGGAACUUCCAAAGUAGGGGCUCUUUUAAAGGAUGUGACAUUAAAGAAAGGAAAGAACUUGAAGAUUAGCUGAGAAUUGGAGUCUCUGAAGAAGCUACCAAAGAAGAGCAAUGUUUUGUCUUCAGAAAUCUUUUCUAAUGUUUUGGUACUCUAAUUCUAUGAUUGUAAUAGCUUAGGUCUAAUAUGACUUACCACCAACUGUUAUUUUUGCUAUUGGGUGGUUUCUGCCUUGCUUAGGUCUAAUAUGACUUACCACCAACUGUUAUUUUUGCUAUUGGGUGGUUUCUGCCUUAAACUUAUUUCCAGUGAUCCCCUUUGAUCUGCUACUGAUUAUUUAAAUGCAGUUUAAUUAUGUACAUUUGGCACUUUAUAAUAUUUUAUUAUUUUCAAUUUCUGAUUCUGUUUAAUGCCCUCUUAUAGUUUAUUAAAUGUUGUGUGUUGCU